AUGAAGUGUGCCAUCAUCUCCGGUGGUUGCUCAGGCAUCGGCCUUCACCUUGCCCGUCACCUACUCUCAUUCCCAGACUGGCGUGUGGUCGUCGCCGACAUCAAUCCUACAGCCUGGGCCGCCUUGAAUCCGCCUCUUGAUCCUAACAGGACCAUUUUCAUCGAAACGAACGUCGCGUCCUGGGAAAGCCAUGCCGCGCUGCUUAAGCAGGCCUACGCCUGGUCCAACGAGCAGAUCGACUUCUACGCCGCGAAUGCGGGAAUCGGCGACCGCGACAGCUUCUUCCUUCCGUGGAAUCUUGACGCUGAGCCCACCAAGCCCGACCUAUCCUGCGUCGACGUGUGUGAGACUGCAAACUUCUAUGCCCUGAAGCUGUUCAUUCAUUACGCUCGGAAGACCAGCCAACGAUUAGGACUGAACGCAAAAGCUACUUUCAACCCCAAGCUCGUUUUCACGGCCAGCUGUGUCGCCCAAUACGCCUUCCCGAUCGCACCGCAAUAUGCUGCAGCUAAGCAUGCUGUGCUGGGAUUCACCCGUGCUGUCGCCGCGGACGCCUAUCAAAUUGACAAUGUGGCAGUCAACUGCAUCAUGCCAGCCGUCAUCGACACAGGCAUCCUGCCAGGAGGCCUGAAUUGGCCGAAGGAGUACAUCACUCCAUUCUCGACCCUCAAUCGGGCCUACGAGGAGCUGGUCGAUGACCAUGGAAAAGUGCAGCAGGACGGCAAGAGCGACGGGAAGGAUGGCGUGGUGAAAGUCGGACAGAGUGUAGAGGUCGCGCUGGAUAAGUUGUACUAUCGGAAACACGUUGAGCCGCCUGACGAGAGCCAGCGAUUCAUGGUACAAGACUCAAUCAGUCCUACUGGACUCUGGGCUCAAGCCAUGAGGAAGAUGUUGGAGGCGCUGGUCGAAGCGUCGAAGCAGCAGACGAACGGACAAACUGCUGAGGGUCAGCCGGUAUCGUAG